AUGCUGAAACUAACUGAAAUGGCGGGUGAAAACAGAUCUGCAAAUUUAUUUCAAAUCCUAUUAAAGAAAAUCAAAACAAUCAUGAGAGAACAAUUUCCUACUAUAAAAAUGCCUACUUUUUCUGACUUCAAUACCUAUGAAGACAUUGUAACAUAUAUUAAUGAGACUUUACCAGAGGAUCAACUUUACAAAAAUACAAAAACUGAAACCAAAAACUUUUUUACUAUAAGCCAAUAUCAAAACAAAAACAACUAUAAAAACAACUAUAAAAACAACUAUAAAAACAAUAAAAAAUAUCAAAAUAAAAACAAAACACAAUUCUAUUGCACAAAUUGUACCUGUACUAAGUGCAGCAAUAUCGACAAAUCACACAAUGCGAAACCAAGUUUCUGUUUAAAUUGUUCUUGUAACCAGUGUGCUGAUAGGAAGCAAAAUUACUAUCAAAACCGACAAAAAUCUAAAUCCAUAACGGAACAAAGAAGUUCAAUAUUAAUAAUAUCGAAAUUCCCGAUUCAGAAGAAGAUAUGGAUGAGGAAUUUGACAACAAAAAUUAUCAUUUCCAACAAUCCCAAGUUACUAAAUCAUACGAAACCAACGAAUCCGAUUCCGAACCAGAAUUAG